AUGGCGGCGGGAGCGGGAAAAGUGGCGGCGGGGCUCGGACUUCCGGGAGAGGUGACCCAGUGGCCUCUGCAGCGGUACGGCCGCUUCAUGCUCUCAGGGCCCGGAGAGUCGCCCGGGCCUGGGCCAGAGGCUGCCAUGGCGUCUUCUCCUACUUGGAAAGUUUUUGAUUCCAGUGAAGCUUCUGGAUGCCUGGUUCUCACCAUAGUCAUAUCUGGUCACAUCUUUAUUUCCCAAGGGGAGACCCUACUGGAAGGGUUCUCACUCAUCGGCAGCAAGAACUGGCUCAAGAUUGUGAGGCGCAUGGACUGUCUGUUGUUUGGAACAACAAUAAAGGACAAGAGCCGCAUGUUCCGGGUGCAGUUCGCGGGAGACACCAAGGAGGCGGCGCUCGAGCGGUGCGGCAGCUGCGUGCGGAGCCUGGCCCCGUACGUCACGGUGGAGGCGCCCGGCGGCCCCGAGCCGCGGCCCGGCGGAGCCGGCGGGGAGGAGGAGCCGGGCGUGAGUAGGCUCGCGGGCCGACGGGCGGGCCGGGCCCCGGGGUCUCCUUCCGCAGGGCCCCCCGCCCCCCUCACCCGCGGCCCCCGCUCUCGUUGCAGCCCCGCGGGGACCGGCGGCGCGGCGGCGCGGACGUCGGUGGCGCGGCUCGCCCAGAGUCUCCUGGCGUCGGAGGAGCUGGGCCGCGAGGCGUCGGCGUGGCGCGGCGAGGAGCUGGGCCCCUUCCUACGCCUGUGCCUCCUGGACCGCAACUUCCCUGCCUUCGUGGAAGAAGUGGAAAAGGAGCUUCGGAAGCUGGCGGGGCCGGGAGACUAAGG